UUUCGAAUCUGAUUCUUAUAAUAUCGCUUACUAUUGAUAAUCGACAAGUAUAAGUCAGAUUCACACUUCCACGAUUUCAUACGUGCAAUUGAUUCGCGAGAUUAACGCUGUGCUCGUGAUUCGAGGUCAACUGUAGGACAGAAUAUCAUUCUGUUGCGAGCGUUGUAGAAGGUUGUUGAUCGUUGCAUUAGAUUACUCAUUUCUAAGUACAGUACAAAGUCCAGUCAGAAAAUGCCAAUUCAGAGCAUCAAAGCACGUCAGAUCUAUGACUCCCGUGGUAACCCCACUGUGGAGGUUGAUCUUGUAACUGAAAAUGGACUAUUCAGAGCUGCAGUUCCAUCAGGUGCUUCAACUGGUGUUCACGAAGCUCUGGAACUUCGAGACAAUGACAAAUCGAAGUAUCAUGGAAAAUCUGUCUUCAAAGCUGUAGACAACAUUAAUAAAACCAUUACACCUGAAUUAUUAAAGGCAAAUUUGGAAGUCACCCAACAAACCGACAUUGAUAACUUCCUUCUGAAACUCGAUGGCACACCAAAUAAGUCAAAGCUUGGUGCAAAUGCACUUCUUGGUGUUUCAUUGGCAGUGUGUAAAGCAGGAGCUGCUAAGAAGGGAGUGCCAUUGUACAAAUACAUUGCAGAACUGGCAGGAAAUCCCAACAUUAUUUUACCAGUUCCAGCUUUCAAUGUUAUCAAUGGUGGUUCUCAUGCUGGAAACAAAUUGGCCAUGCAAGAGUUCAUGAUUUUACCUACUGGUGCUGCUAACUUCACCGAAGCGAUGAAGAUGGGUAGCGAAGUUUACCAUCAUCUGAAGGCCGGAAUUAAGAAGAAGUUCGGUCUUGACGCCACCGCCGUUGGAGAUGAGGGUGGUUUCGCUCCAAACAUCUUGGAGAACAAAGAAGCCUUGAAUUUAAUCAUGGAUGCCAUCAAGGUCGCUGGAUACGAGGGAAAAAUAAAGAUUGGUAUGGAUGUCGCUGCAUCCGAGUUCCAUAAGAACGGAAAAUACGAUUUGGACUUCAAAAAUGAGAAGUCUGACCCAGCCACAUACUUGGACCCGACAGCCUUGAAGAAUCUGUACUUGGACUUCGUCAAGGAAUUCCCGAUCGUUUCCAUUGAAGAUCCGUUCGACCAGGACGACUGGGAAUCCUGGACCACUAUGACUGCCUCUACCCCUAUUCAGAUAGUGGGUGACGAUCUUACCGUCACAAAUCCUGAGAGAAUCAAAACAGCUAUUGAAAAGAAAGCCUGUAACUGUCUGUUGUUGAAAGUCAACCAAAUAGGAACCGUCACAGAAUCUAUUAAUGCGCACAAACUUGCCAAGAGCGCUGGUUGGGGCACAAUGGUAUCUCAUCGUUCCGGAGAGACAGAAGAUACGUUUAUAGCUGAUCUGGUCGUUGGAUUGUCGACCGGUCAGAUUAAAACUGGCGCACCUUGCCGUUCCGAACGUUUGGCCAAAUAUAAUCAGAUUCUUCGCAUCGAAGAGGAGUUAGGUGCCGCUGCUAAGUUCGCAGGAGAAAAAUUCCGUAAUCCUCAAGCUUAAAACCUCCACCCAGUUCCUUUUAAUAACACAAAACUCUAGUUGUUGUACAACUAGCCUAGUUAAAUACGUAUACGCUUAGAGGUUAUGCGUAUAAGUAUGAUACAUAACAAUAAGCAACCAGUGAAGAAGUUUAAUUAUGAAAAGUAUUGUUAACUGUAAAGUUAUUGAUUAUAAAGUUAUUGAUUAUUUAAAUAAAGUUAAAAAAUAAUAUAAAAUA